AUGGCUCUCAAUGCUAAGAACAAGCUCGGUUUUGUUGACGGCACGCUCACGAAGCCAACCAACGACGAUGUGGCUGCAAAAUUGUGGGAACGAUGCAGUGAUAUGGUUCUCUCUUGGCUCCUUAACAGCAUCAAUAAGUCCCUCACCGGAUGUCUUAUCUAUUGCAAUACACCACAAGAAGUUUGGCUUGAUUUGGAAUCUGGUUUCUCACAGAGCAACAAUCCACGCAUAUUUCGUCUCAAACGCGAUAUCGCCACACUUCGUCAAGAUGCCAUGCCGAUUGCUCAAUAUUAUAACACUAUCAAACAAUAUUGGGAGGAGUUGGUUGCCCUUCAAUCAAUGCCUACUUGCACUUGUGGUGGUUUACAAGAGUUGGUCAAUAUUCAAGUAGUGGAGCGGGUUUUUCAAUUUCUCAUGGGCUUAAAUGAUUCCUACGCUCAAAUCAGAAGCUAA